AUGCCGGGCAAAACGAGGCGGGCAAAGGAGAAGGAGGCAAAGUUGGCUCAGUUGGCGGCCAAAUGUCCUCGGAUAGAGGCUUUAUUUGGCACAAAGGAGAAACAACCACCACCACCUGAGCCUGCCUCUAACACUUCUGAGGAGGAAAAAGCAUCUGUAGUGUUACCCCCACAUUAUACACCAAUUAGUGAUGACAGUGGUGAUGAACAUAGUGACCCAGAUACUGAACCAGCAGCAGCUGAUCUUGAAGCGACACCAGGACCUAGUCAGGAGAAAGCAUGCAACGCCAAACAUUCAGAAGGGUUCAACAUGAAAUGGUUUAAUAUCCACCCUAGCCUGAGGAACUGGUUGAUACACCAGCAUGGUGAUGAAGAUGGAAGUCAUUUCUUCUGUAAAGUGUGUAAAAAACAUAAAGUAAAGGCACUGAAUGGCAGUGUCGUGUGGACUGAAAAGCCAUUCCGAACUGCCCGGUUGGAUGCUGUGAGGGCCCAUGAGACCAGUAGACAACACACUGAGGCACUGAAAAAGGAAGCAGAUGCCUCUACUGGAACUGCUCUUCAGACUUUAACAGUCAAUGAUCGCCCAAUCGUUAACGACCUCUUCAGAAUUCUGAAGUACAUUUGUUUCAAUGACAUGCCUCUGUCAAAGUUUGGUUCAAUGGUCGAACUGUCUAUAUCUGUAGGAGCCCCCCGUAUACCACUGCUGCAAAAAGGCAAAAAUGCAACCUACACCAGUGAAAGUACAAUGAUUGAAUUGUUGGAGAUAUUGGCCAGUGAAGUUGAGGAGAGCCUGCUUGAGGACAUUCAAAAAAGUCCAUUUUUUUCACUGAUGAUGGAUGAAACAUGCGAUGUUGCAGUGAAGAAGAAUUUAGCUUUGGCAUGUAGAUAUUUUGACACUGAAGAGGGCAUAGUACAAAAUGCAUUUGUGCAGGAUAUGUUUGUCCCUGAUGGUUCGGCAGAUACGAUUUAUGAGGCAGUCGUGAAGACAGUGAAUGAAAAGGAACUUGAUUGUAACAAGCUUGGUGGAGUGGGCACUGAUGGUGCCUCUGUCAUGACUGGUCGGGUGAAUGGUGUCGUUACAAAAAUGAAGGCUUUAGAGCCAAACAUCAUUGCAGUUCAUUGUGUUAAUCAUAGGCUUGCCCUUGCAAGCAAGGACAGCUUUGGACAGAUGCCAGUUCUUGUCAAUUUAGAAGAAACAUUGGAGGCCCUCUUUAAGUACUAUAACUACAGUUCUAAGAAAAAAGGUUCAUUGGAACAGUUGCAGACUUUACUUACUUCAGAGGAAAGAGGACGAGCUGUGACAAUCAAGCAUGCAGCCCAUACUAGGUGGCUGUCACAUGAUGCAGCUGUAGAUAGUGUGAGAAAGGCAUAUGAUGCCAUCCUUGUUGACCUUGAAAGUGAGGUGGUAAAGCCAACCACUGGAGAAGCUGGGGCCAAGGCUAGUGGUCUGAAAAAGCGUAUGAUGCAGUACAACACACUGGCUUGCAUUUUGCUGUUGGCUGACGUGCUUCCAAGACUGGCCCAACUUAGUCUGCAUUUUCAGAAGGAAAAGGUUGAUUUGACAAUGAUUGACAGUAUGUUGUCAUCAACACUGAAGUCAAUUGGGGACAUGAAAGAAACCCCAGGGCGACAUCUCGCAAAGUUGGAGACACUUGCUGAGAAAUACAAAAUAACCAAGUCGCAUAAUCAGAACUUUGAACUGACUAAGUGCAGAUACAUAGAUGCUACAAUUGCCUCAAUAAAUAAACGCCUGGAAAACAGUAGUGUUGUCCGUGCCAUGGGUGUGUUGGAUUUUUCAAAUGUGAGUGGUCAGAGAGUACUGCUUCCUAGCCUCUAUGGCAAUGAAGAGAUAGAGACACUAGCAGAAUACUUUGGCUUGGAAUCUGACGAGGUCCUCUCACAAUGGGACAGGUUCAAAGAUAUCUAUUGGCCCAUGGAUUCUACACUUUCAACAGAUGUAACCUUGCAGGGUUUGUGUGCUGGUGCAUGUAAACAACCACUAGUACAAUCAGCUUGCCCAGCCAUCUGCAAAUUCCUUGCUGUGGCUGCCACUCUGCCUAUGAGUACAGCCACACUAGAAAGAAUCUUUUCUCAUCUGAAGCUUAUCAAAACUGCUCAGAGGAAUAGACUGGGGGAGGACCACCUCAACAAAAUCCUAAUGAUUAAGCUGAAUGGUAGGUAUGUGAGUGAAGGCCUGCUACAAAAAUGCACCAAUGCAUACCUCAGCAAGAAAGACAGGCGAUUGAGCUUAAAUGCAUGGAAAGCUGCUGCUUCUAGCAAGAAUGCCGAGUGA